ACUGGUGCUGAACCCUGCCGCGCGCGCUUUGAAUUUCCCAACGGCUAAGCGCGUCUCCUGGUCGGUGUCCCAGGCAGAAAGGUGCAGAGACCCAUCUGACGCAGGACUUCAGGCAGACAAGCUCCAGCAGAGUGUGGCCAGAUGUGGUGCCUGGAGCGACUCCGCUUCGGUCCUGAGUGCCUUCGGCGGAGCGGAGACUGGCUUCUCCCGCCUCGGGCGCGCAGAGCCAAGUCUCGUACCACCGCCGCGUGCUCAAACGUGCUCACUCCGGACCGCAUCCCCGAGUUCUGCAUCCCACCGCGGCUCUUGCCCCGCCUGACCUUGGCUGCAUUCCGGAAUUCUUGGGUCGAAGAAGCAGAGAUGGACGAGGGCGCCGGCCGCACGGACUGGGACCCGCGCUCGCAGGCCGCGUUGUCGCUGCCGCACCUGCCCCGCGUACGCACCGCCUAUGGCUUCUGCGUGCUACUCGAGAGCCCGCACACGCGCCGCAAGGAGUCGCUCCUGCUUGGGGACGCGCCCGCGCCCCGACCCCGGGCCCACACCUACGGCGUCGGCGGCGGCCCGGACGCCCUUCUGGGGACCCUGAGCUUCCCGCGGGCUCAGGGCCCGGCCACCCCCGCGGCCCCCGGCGGUCCCCGCCCUCCCCAAGACGCGCUCGCCCCGCGGCCCCGCGGCUGCCGCCUCUUGCGUGUCCCCGACGGGCUGCUGAGCCGCGCGCUGCGGGCCAGGAGGAGUCGCCGCCUGGCCCGCGCCCGCUCCGUCUCCAGCGGGAACGAGGACGAGGAGCGCCGCGCGGGCUCCCAGUCCCCGGCCCGGGCCCCCUCCGCGAGCCCGCCGUUGUCUCGGGUCCCGUUUCCCGAGCGCCUGGAGGCCGAGGGCACCGUGGCUCUGGGACGCGCCGGCGACGCCCUGCGCCUGGUCGCCGAGUACUGUCCGGGAACCGGGCGCCUCCGUCUCCGGCUGCUCCGCGCCGAGGGCCUGGCGGGAGGCGUCCCCGGGCCCCGCGCCAUCCGCUGCCGCCUCAGCCUCGUCCUGCGGCCGCCGGGCACCGCGCGUCGGCAAUGCAGCACUGUGGUGGGGCGCAGCCGCAAGGCCUCUUUUGACCAGGACUUCUGCUUCGACGGCCUCUCGGAGGACGAGGUGCGCCGCCUGGCUGUUCGCGUCAAGGCCUGGGAAGAAGGCGGCGGCCGGGAGCGGGGCCGCCUGCUGGGCCAGGGUGAGCUGUCCCUGGGCGCCCUCCUGCUGAUCUGAGGGCUCAGCCCUCCCGGGGGCGCUCUGCCAGGGGACUCCGGACACUGACAGCCGCGUGGUACAAAAUAAACGUGUAUUUGUUGUUCUCAUCA